AUGGGGCACAUGCGGUUAUUAACUCAAGCGGAACAGCUGGAGGAGAGCAAAGGAUUGGAACGGCCAAGAGUUUAUUAUUUGCCUCACCACGCUGUGGUUAAAGAAUCCAGUUCUACUACGAGGGUACGCGUCGUAUUCGGUGCUUCGGCGCGUACGGAUAGCGGGUACUCACUAAACAAUAUUCUUCUCAAGGGACCCCAAAUACAGGAUGAUUUGUUUAAUCUAUUGAUACGUUUCCGUAAGCAUGAAGUGGCGCUUGUAGGAGACGUAGAGAAGAUGUAUAGGCAGAUACUUAAGGACACAAAGGAUAUAUUUCGGCUAAGGAUAUUUUUUCGUUUAACGAAGGAUGGUCCCAUUGACGUCUACGAGUUACUUACUGUAACAUAUGGACUCACCCCUUCGUCCUUUUUAGCAACACGGGCGUUGCAGCAAUUGGCAGAAGACGAAGGAAAGGAGGGCACAUAG